AUGGCACAACCCAAGUCCACGUUUCUCUCACGAGAGCCCUUGACUUCCCAAGACGCCAAAUGGAAAAGGCUAGUCAAGACAAAUUAUACCGAUCCCAACGGAGUCAAGAGAGACUGGGAGUCCGCUGAGCGCCAGACAAGACCGGCAGACUCCAUUGUAGAUGGAGUUAAUAUCGUCGCUAUUCUGAAUAAUUUCAAUGGCUCUGAGAUCCUUUUGGAGAAGCAAUACCGGCCUCCAAUCGACCAAGUCGUCAUAGAACUUCCUGCAGGAUUAAUCGACGCAGGAGAGACAAUUGAGCAAACUGCAGUUCGAGAGCUGAAAGAAGAAACUGGGUACAUCGGUGUUGCAGAUAAAACUACUGGUAUCAUGUACAAUGAUUCCGGCUUCUGCAAUACCAAUUUCCACAUGGUCUACGUUCAGGUUGACAUGUCUCUUCCGGAAAAUCAGAAUCCGAAGCCUGAGCUAGAGGAUAAUGAGUUUAUCGAGUGUUUCACACUUCCGGUAUCAGAGCUUUCGGCCGAGUUGCAAAGGUUGGAGAGUGAAGGGUAUGCAAUUGACGCUCGGGUAGGAUCCAUUGCGGAGGGGAUAGAGAUUGCAAAGAGAUUAAAGCUUUGA